UUCAUGUUUCGUGUGUCUGCUCUUACCUUCCCCCCCCUUCAAUUUUGUUUGGUUAUUAGAUAUUGUAUUCAUGCGAAAAGAAAGCAAACCAUUGCAUCUUCUGCUUUUCUUGAGGAAUUGAAGGUACAAUGGAUCUCACUUCUUUCAAGCUAGAUAUUGAUGAGCUUAUACAUGAUUUCUCGGAGAGUAAUUCAAAAACCUUGCAUGAUAUGAAGAAGAUAUGGUUAUCUCGGAAGUUCUCCUACAUUUAUGAGGCUAAGCCUACUGCAAACCUUGGCUUCUUCAUGCAAUCGCUGUAUGCCCAUUCGAUUGGCCAUAUGGUUUCAGAAGAUUCUUUAUCAUGUAGACUAGGGGGCCUCUAUUGCCUGUAUUGUCUUUACGAGACUCAGCUAUUUAAGCCUCCUUUCAAGAUAUAUUUGUCCCUUGGGGAGCUGAAGAAACUUAAAAGCCUUGUUGUUGAUGCGAAGAAGGAGAGCUUAAAAGUAGUACCUGCUUUGGUCAAAAGGAUGCUAGCAAAAAACAUGUUCUUAUUUGGCUUCGUGGACAUAAAUGAAGCCUCUGCAACAGAUAGGGUUAAUGAAAUAAAUAAACUACAGGAUGCCCGCAUGCAAAUAGCAUAUGAGAAGUUGUUUGCAAAUACUCGGAUUGAUCAUUUCCUUCACAUGGACUUGGGGAUGGAACUUGACCUGAAAAUGCUCAACAAAAUGUCAACAGAAUAUGCAAGGGCAAAAGAACUAGCCAUCAAUGAGGCUGGCAAGCUGGUGGAUAUCCAAAACAUAAAACAUAUUGUGGAAAAUAACAAGCUGUUUGGAGAUGUUGUGGAUAAGAUUGCCAAGGACUGGAGCGUACAGAAGGAGAUGUUCUAUCAACAAACUGGACUUAACCAUCAUCAGAAGGUACAAGAAGAGAACAAUGAUGUAGACUUUGAUCAGGAGCUGGUAGACUUCUUAUCUCAAUAGCAGAUACGUGAAUUAAUCAAUGGUCUCUGUGAUUCAUUCAGCCUUCUCCAACUGACAAGGGGCCUGACCUCAACUGGGGUCAGAUGUAGAUUGAUU